GCGAAGUAUAUAAGGCCAGGAGCACAGCGCCCCCCUCCUCACUCGCGCGUUAGGAGGCUCGGGUCGUUUUGCUGUUCUGUCCUCCCGCCUGCGCCAGGGACCUGCCCAACUCAGUGGCCACCAUGGCAUCAGAUGAGGGCAAGCUUUUCGUCGGAGGGCUGAGUUUUGACACCAAUGAGCAGUCACUGGAGCAGGUCUUCUCAAAGUAUGGACAGAUAUCUGAAGUGGUGGUCGUGAAAGACAGGGAGACCCAGCGAUCCAGGGGCUUUGGGUUUGUCACCUUUGAAAACAUCGACGAUGCCAAGGACGCCAUGAUGGCUAUGAAUGGGAAGUCUGUGGAUGGGCGGCAGAUCCGGGUGGACCAGGCAGGCAAGUCAUCUGAUAACCGAUCCCGUGGAUACCGAGGUGGUUCUGCUGGAGGCCGGGGCUUCUUCCGUGGGGGCCGGGGCCGGGGCCGUGGUUUCUCCAGAGGAGGUGGGGACCGCGGCUAUGGGGGGAGCAGGUUCGAGUCCAGGAGUGGGGGCUAUGGAGGCUCCAGAGACUACUACAGCAGCCGGAGUCAGGGUGGCGGGUACGACCGGAGCUCUGGCGGGUCCUACAGAGAUAGCUACGACAGUUACGCCUAUGGAAGCUGCAGCCCCUCGGAGGACAGAAGUGUUGUGCGCCCAACAGAACCCUCUGAGACGCAAGCCGCUCCCUGGGCUAGCUCAUAUGUGGAGAUAGUCCUGUCACCGAGGUUGAAUGGAAGUCAGUGUGACCCGGAGGAAGUGUGGCCUGAGAACAGUGUUGACCUGGGGUCCCUAUCCCAGGAGGGACCCUACCCAGGAUCGAGCCAGAGGCACGGAUGCCUGCCCUCGCAGCCCGUCGCCUGCCACGCUGUCGCUGUCGCCGCCGCCGCCCGUCGUGACGAACGGGAGCCAGCCGGGUGCACCGCACAACGACACACACCCGGGGCCACUGGGCUCGCCGGGCUCGCCGCUGCUGCGCUCGUUCUACGUGGUCACGGGCCUCAUCGUCGUAGCCGCUCUCUACUUCCUCAUCCGGGCAUUCAGAUUGAAAAAGCCACAGCGGAGGAGAUACGGGCUCCUGGCCAACACCGAGGAACCCACCGAGAUGACCUCAAUGGACAGUGACGAGGAGACAGUCUUUGAGACAAGGAACCUGAGAUGAUGUUUGGUUCAGGAAGGCAGCAUUUCCAGUGGCCCUGGGAGAAUGAUAAAAGGCAGGGGCCCUCCCAGUGCUUGGAACACCCCGCCUGGACCAGACAGCAUGUGUGGAGCCCUCCCAGCGCACUGGAAGCCAACUCAGCCCUCUCUGCAGACAGGACUGCCCAGGUUACCGGGUGGAAGCCAGAGGGGCAGCCCUACACAGGACUCUGAGGCCCCUGGCCAUGAUGUGACUUAUACCAGUCACCCUCUCUGGUGGGAAUGCGGCAGCCCUAGGCUGAGGCCUGGAAGGCGGGCAGGCUGGGUGUCCUGUCUGGGGGCACCAUUCUUCUGGGACGGGGACA